UCUCCUCCGAAAGCUAUGAACGUUGAAUUUGAAACGUCUCUCUGCCUUCUUCGUCAAGUAUUCUGGGGGCUCUCGUUUUUUAUUUCAGAAUAUGAGAAUUAAGAUUUCAGAAGUUGGUUUGAAUUGAAAUCCCGGUUCUGAUCGUCUGUUGCCUCAUCGUUCUGGGCUGAUAGCCGAAAAUUUCGUCAUCUCUGUUUUCCUCCUUUUCUUUUCUUCUUCGAAUUGCAAACAGGGCAAGGUCACCCUUCUCUGUUCUUCUUCGGAAUUCAAUCCCUCCACCACCCUCCUCCUUUACCUCAGAAACCAAAAGCAAAAUUAACUUCUUUAAAUGCCCAAAUCCUCCGAAGCUGAGAACCGGAAGCUACAGGACUAAUUAUGGGCUGCACGCAAUCAAGAAUCGAGACCGAAGAAGCUGUUAUCCGAUGCAAAGAGAGGAAACAGUUCAUGAGAGAAGCUGUCUCCAAACGCAACGCCUUCGCUGCCGCUCAUGUUGCCUACUCCGUGUCCCUUAAGAGCACCGGCGGCGCUCUCACUGACUACGCCCAGUGCCAAGUCCAAGAUCCCCGACCCCAUCAGCCCGUCAUCCAACCUCCCAUGGAAACUCUCCCUCCACCUCCCCCUCUCCCCGAUUUCAAUCCUCCGGCCCCUCUUCUGCGUGCUGCCACCAUGCCUGAAUUCUCUAUUCCCAGGGUCGACCCCAAACCGGCCGACCCCAUACAAGAAGAAGACGAAGCUGAAGUGGAAGAAGAGAUCAACCUUAUCCGUCGUGGCAGCCGCAGUGCCGCAAGAACUUCCGAAACGGCAGUCCCACCACGUCCACGGUCGCCGCCACCACCACCUCGAUCGCCACCUCGCGCUCCACCGCCUGACAACUCUGUGCCAGCUCCACAAGAGUCCGAGAACUCCACCUGGGAUUAUUUCUUUUCGGUCGAAAUUCCUGCACCGUCCUUGAGUGAAGUGGAGGAGAUCAGUCCCGAGAAGAAGGAAGGUGACGGCGACGGGCAUGAUAAUAGGUCUAGUAAGAAGGAAAAUGUUGUUGCUGAUGGUGACACUGAGAGUAAGGUUGAGCCUCAGACGCCGGAGAAGGUGAUUGAGACGCCCGUGAAGCCAGAGAAGCAGCAAAAGCAGGUGGUUCGUUCGCAUGCUGCAUCUUCGGAGGCUAAGAAAGUAAGCAAGGUGCCAAAUAUGAAUCUGUUUCAGAUAUUGUCCAAGAUUGACGACCACUUCCUCAAGGCGUCGGAGAGUGCUAGGGAAGUGUCUACCAUGUUGGAAGCCAAUCGGUUCCAUUACCACUCUAAUUUUGCUGAUAAUCGAGGACACAUUGAUCAUUCUAAAAGGGUCAUGCGUGCUAUUACGUGGAAUAGGUCCUUCAAAGGUUUGGCUAAUGCUGAUGAUGAGAAAGAUGAAUUAGAUUUUGAUGAUAAUGAAACUCAUGCAUCUGUGUUGGAUAAGUUGCUUGCAUGGGAGAAGAAGCUUUAUGAUGAAGUAAAGGCUGGUGAGCUUAUGAAACUUGAUUAUCGGAAAAAAGUUGCUUUGCUGAACAAGCAAAAGAAACGUGGCACCAAUCCUGAAACACUGGAGAAAGCAAAAGCAGCAGUAAGUCACUUGCAUACAAGAUACAUUGUUGACAUGCAGUCCUUGGAUUCAACUGAUGCAGAAAUAAAACGUUUACGUGAUGAACAGUUGUACCCAAAACUUGUUACUCUUGUUGAUGGUAUGGCCAAAAUGUGGGAAUUGAUGCAUGUACAUCAUAGAACACAGAUGGAGAUUGCCGUAGACCUCAAAAACCUGGACAUAUCCCAAGCUCCCAAGGAGACAAGCAUACAGCACUCAGAAUGUAUUAAACAACUGUGGAAUGUUGUCCAAGAGUGGAACACACAACUCCAGAAGCUAAUGGCCAAUCAAAAGGAUUACAUUCGAGCUCUCAACAAUUGGUUGAAAUUGAAUCUCAUCCCUAUUGAGAGUAGUUUGAAGGAGAAGGUAUCAUCUCCACUCAAGGUUUCUAGACCCCCUAUCCAUCACCUUUUGCAAGCCUGGAAUGAGCACCUUGAGAAGGUUACGGAUGGUGUGGCCAGGUCUGCAAUAACUGCAUUUGCAGCUGGUAUCGAGACAAUCAUAUUACAGCAGGAUGAAGAGAUUAAACUGAAGGACAAAUGUGAGGAGAUCAGCAAGGAGCUUGCACGCAGAGAGAGGAUUUUGGAUGCGUCACGUCGUAAGUACUUGGAAAAAAGGACACCUCCUGAUGAGAUGGACCCAGAUAAUGUAGACAAGAAUCCUUUGGAAGAUAAGCAGUUAAUGGUUGCCACCCUACGGAAGAGGUUGGAAGAUGAGUUGGAACAAUACCAGAAGCAUUGUAGGCAAGUGAGGGAGAAGUCAUUUGUUAAUCUUAAGAUGCACUUGCCUGAACUCUGUCGGGCCAUGUCAGUUUUCUCUCUUGCCUGUACCAAUAUGUACAAGGACUUAAGGUCCAAUGCACAGUCUCAUACCCCCAUAAAAAGCUUGCCUUAAGAAUGUUGUAAGUCAUGUAUAGUCAAUAGAUCUGCAGGUUCUUACCGAGAAUUCAUUCUUUUCUUACAGUUUGUCAAGGACAGGAAGUAAUUGACUUUUUCCUUAUACAUGUCAUUUUUUCCCUUGUAGCUAUUUUUGAACAGCUGAGGUACUUGUCAAGCAUUCUGAGGACGUUGUACAGUAGAACCACAUUGGAGAAUACAUUUUUUAUACUAAACAAUUGUCUCAA